CUUAACAACAUUGGCGAUGUCGGUGGUGGUAGAGGGUGGUUGUGGGUGGUGUUUAGACGCCUGCUCGCUCAUCGACCAAGGCUACGAAAAGUGUUUGACGAGGGAAGGCGAUACCCAGUCAAAAGUGAAAGCACGCUUCAAAAGGCGAUGUUUUCUCAUUUUAAAGCCGCAUUGUGGUGUGAAGCCAGGCGCUGCCGCUGUGGAGGAAAACGUCAAGCUAGAAAUGCUGCCAAAGAAAAGGAAAAGGAAAGGAAAGCAAAGUCAUCUCAAUCAGGGAGAGAUCGAUUCAAACGCUUUUCAUGAGAAGGUCAGAUGUGUCAUUUUGGAGGAAACCAAGUCCCUUGUGGAAUCUGCGAGACGUCUCGGAUACUUUCAAGGAGGGACAAACCCAACAGAGGACCCUCUUCCUGGUCACGAGUGCAACCUGGCCAGUCUCUGUGACAUGGCCAAAGAUCUUCCUGGAGUGGAUGACGAUGACCAGACAGACUGUGCCCAGUUACUUGUUGAUGAGCGUGGCUGCACGUCACAUCUGGACUUGUUCUCUAGGGUAACGGAGCACACGUCAGACUGUGCCGCGGUGGUCACGCUGAUGGGAGAAGAAUACGUAAUACCCCCACACACCGCCUUCCUGCUCUCUGAUUUCUCCCGAAUGGAGCCACUGCUCCGAUAUGGACGCAAGUUUGAUGUCAUUGUGAUGGAUCCACCGUGGGAAAACAAGUCUGUAAAGAGGAGCCGCAGAUACAGCUCUCUGCCUUCGUCUCAGCUGAAAAGACUCCCCAUACCCAGCUUGGCAUCUCCAAACUGUUUGGUGGUCACCUGGGUUACAAACCGACCCAAGCACUUGCGUUUCGUGCGAGACGAGCUUUACCCGCACUGGGGGGUGGAGAUUGUGGCUGAAUGGUUGUGGGUUAAGGUUACCACGGAAGGCCAGUUCGUGUUCCCGCUGGAUUCACCACACAAGAAGCCGUAUGAGGUGCUGGUCCUGGGCCGGUAUUGUCGCUCCCAGGAAAAAAGCUCCUCGGAGUCCUUCAGCACCCCCGUGGAGAAUCAGCGCCUGGUUGUCAGCGUACCGUCAGCUCUUCACUCCCACAAGCCCUCAUUGUCAGAGGUGUUGAAGCCAUACAUUGGAGGUGACGCCUCGUGCUUAGAGUUGUUUGCACGAAGUCUGCAACCAGGUUGGACCAGCUGGGGCAACGAGGUUCUCCGAUUUCAACAUACGAGUUAUUUCACUUGGACACCUGCCGACAAACUGACUCAGUCGUCAGCCUCCUCCCCCAAUGAGGACUAAGAACUGCCUGACGUAGGUUUUUAUUCAAGGUUUUAAAUAGACACACACGUUAUUAUUUUUUUUUUUCCACGUGACAAACUGAGAAACCCCCAAAAAUGACAAUCUCACUAAGAGAGAUCAAUAUUUAAUUAGCAUUGCAAGACUUUUCACAAUGAAGCGGUGAUGUUUUCUUUGAGUCUAAUGAGUGUGAGGGUGAGCAGUGCCGGGCGACGUAUGGCAGCUGCAGCCCAUCAGAGCUAAUGAAGCCGCUGUGAGGUCAUUACCACCCUACCUGUCGUCCUCUGUCUCUGAAAGACACUCGCACACUAAUCCGUGGAGACAAGUCGCCAUUAAGCCAACUUAAGUCAUUACUUUUGUACUGUGAGGGUCGUACUUUCAGAAAAAUCUUUGACAUUUAAGACAAUUAACCCUUUCCCGGACAGUGGACGACUAUUUAAAAGCUAAAUGCAGGUGUCUUAAUUAGGUGUGUCUCGUUCUGAUACAACAAGUUUUGUAUGAGAUGGACUCAUAAUUGCCAACGCUCCCGAUUUUCCCGGGAGACUCCCGAAUUUCAGUGCCCCUCCCGAAAAUCUCCCGGGGCAACCAUUCUCCCGAUUUCCACCCGGACAACAAUAUUGGGGGCGUGCCUUAAAGGCAGUGCCUUUAGCGUCACCUGAAAAGGAGACUAUUAUAUAUGUCUCCGUUAUCUAUAACCCACAAAGUAGGCAUAUAUGUCUCCGUUAUCUAUAACCCACAAAGUAGGCAGGCACGGAGCUAUUUCUCAGGGUGUGUAUUCUUCACACUGACACACAACAUCCGGAUUCCCAUCAUGCAUUGCUUCAAAACUACGGCAAGUAGUAAUGUCCAAAAACAUAACGGAGACGAAGCAGAAGAACGAAGAAGAAACAUGGCGACGACGAGUAAGAAGAAGAAGUACGCUUGCAAGUUCCAAAAUGAUUGGAAAAAAUAAUUUCAGUUCAUCCAGGACAGCUCGAAGGGGAAGGGGUAUGCUGCCUGCACAUUUUGUAGAUCAGACUUUUGUGUGUGUAUAUAUGUGUAAAUAAAUGAACACUGAAAUUCAAGUAUUUAUUUUAUUUUUAUAUAUAUAUAUAUAUAUAUAUAUAUAUAUAUAUAUAUAUAUAUAUAUAUAUAUAUAUAUAUAUAUAUAUAGCUCUGGUAAUGGGUACAUUCGCACCCACCUGCACAAAUGUACUUCAAAAUGUAACAAUCAAAAUAAAUAUUACUUUUUUUUUUUUGUUUACUAGGGCAUGCAUAUAUAACAUGCAUUAGUUUGACCAUUUAAAAUCAACGAUAAUAAAAAGGAGAUGCUUUUGAAAUAGCAUAAAAAUGCCCCAAAAACUUGGAAAACCGCGAUUCAUAGCGUUACUUUUUGGUGUAACCAUCAUGAGCGUUCUGUUCAGGUAUAUUUCUUUUUUAUUUUGAUAAAUCAUAUGUAUGUAUUACUAAAUUUAAAUAGGUAUUGAUCAAUCUUUAAGCUGUGUGUAUUUGAUUUCAGUUUGCUUUUGCAAUCUUAUUUAGAAUUGUAGUUGAAACCUUUACAACUUUGUGUUGCGCUCAUGAUGGCGUAACCAAACUAGAUUUCAUUUAAUGAUCUUAUUUUGAAUAUUUAUUCCCUUUUUUACAUUUAGUAUAUUUAAAUAUUCAUUUAUAAACAUUGAAUACAUUUCAAAUAUCAAUAAAAUGCAAUUUCCUUCAUCUUAUAGGGUAAUGUUUAGUUACACCAAGUCAUGAGCGUAACACUAAGCUUCAUCACUUUGACUUGUAAUAUCUCUAAUUCUGCUGGUGUUUUAUGCUUUUUUCUUUAUGGAACAUGUACUAUACAUAUAAUACAAU